CUUCGGAGGCUGCGGCGAGCCCCUGGCUGAGCGCUGCCGGCGCGGAUCGGCGAUGCCAGGGCUGGGCUGAGCAGUCUCCGCUCUUCAGCUUGUCCUCUCGUCCCAAGUGGAGUCCAGGUCAAGAACUUGGACCCGCGAGCAGCGGCACCGGAGCCCGCGCACUGCGCAUGGACGCGGCAGGGGAGCCCGAGGCCCCAAGCUCACCUGGAGGUGAUGAUCCUCCAGAGAGUGCAGGAAAGACACCCAACUGGCUUUCGAGAGAACAGCUUUUUGUAGUGAUAUCGGCAGCUUCCAUUAAUUUAUGUUCUAUGAUGUACUAUUCUAUCCUUGGACCCUUUUUCCCCAAGGAGGCUGAAAAGAAAGGAGCCAGUAAUACAGUUAUUGGUAUGAUCUUUGGAUGUUACUCUUUGUUUGUAUUGCUGGCAUCUUUGGUAUUUGGAAAAUAUCUUGUACGUAUUGGAGCAAAAUUUAUGUUUGUAGCAGGAGUGUUUGUCUCAGGAGGAGUUACAGUUCUCUUUGGUGUAUUGGACCAAGUUCCAGAAGGACUGAUAUUUAUUGCUAUGUGUUUUCUAGUGAGAGUGGCAGAUGCAAUAAGCUUUGCUGCAGCAAUAACUGCAUCUGUUUCUAUCCUUACAAAGACUUUUCCAAAUAAUGUGGCCACAGUAUUGGGAAGUCUUGAGACUUUUUCCGGACUGGGACUAGUGCUAGGACCUCCUAUAGGUGGCUUCUUGUAUCAAUCCUUUGGCUAUGAGGUGCCUUUUAUUCUUCUGGGAUGCAUAAUUUUGCUGACGGUACCACUCAAUAUGUGUAUUUUACCCAACUAUGAGUCUGAUCCAAGUGAACACUCGUUCUGGAAACUCAUCACUUUACCCAAGGUCGCUCUCAUAGCCUUCGUCAUCAACUCACUCAGUUCGUGUUUAGGCUUCCUUGAUCCUACCUUGUCUCUCUUUGUUUUGGAGAAGUUUCAUUUACCAGCUGGAUAUGUGGGACUCGUAUUCCUGGGUUUGGCCUUAUCCUACGCCAUUUCUUCACCUCUCUUUGGUCUACUAAGUGAUAAAAUGCCACAUCUAAGGAAAUGGUUUCUGGUUUUUGGAAACUUAAUCACAGCAGGGUGCUACAUGCUGUUAGGACCUGUCCCAGUCUUGCACAUUAAAAGUCAGCUUUGGCUGCUGGUACUGAUGUUAGUCGUGAAUGGCAUCUCUUCUGGAAUGAGUGUAAUUCCAACUUUCCCGGAGAUUCUCAGUUGUGCAUAUGAAAAUGGGUUUGAAGAAGGAUUAAGUACAUCGGCGCUCGUGUCAGGUCUCUUUAAUGCAAUGUGGUCAGUUGGUGCUUUUAUAGGACCAACGCUGGGUGGAUUUCUGUAUGAUAAAAUUGGUUUCGAAUGGGCAGCGGCUAUACAAGGUCUGUGGGCUCUGACAAGUGGAUUAGCGAUGGGCUCGUUUUAUCUAUUGGAGUACUCAAGGAGAAGAAGAUCGAAAAUUCAAAAGAAUCUUGGCACAGAGGAGGAACAAACUGCUCUCUUGCCUGAUGAAAUCUAACCUCAAGAAUCUUGGACUGAUAUAGGAUUGGGAGACGAUGCUCCUGGCCUUGAAUAUUAAAGCUGGAAAGUUUGAAAAAUUUUCUUAAUUUUGUGCACAGAACUUCACGAGCCCCACAGCAACAUUCCUGGAAGUGUCCAUGUGUUUUUGGGUGAUCUGUGUGGGGCUGUACUUACUGUCGUUCUGCAAAGCUGGCUUGCUGAACCAGCCAUAUUUGAAGCAUUAAGUAUGAGAAGAGUAGUUGAAAAUCAGCACAGGUUUGUGUUUUUAGGUGACCAAACUGAGCCUUGAAGAUAUUAUUGACUCCAGGACUCCUGUUUCCUCUGUUUACUUUUUAUUGUAAAUGUACUGAUUCUGUGCAUGUACCUUUUUAUAUUAACGAGGAAAGAAAUUAUAUGCUUAAGGGAAGCUUAAGGAAAGUUGAUAUGGUUAUAAUAUAAAAAUAAUAAAAAGAUGACUCACAUGUAGAACAAUGACUAUGAAAUCAGUUUUUAAAAGAUAUGCAUUAUCUGUAUCUGAGAUUUUUGUUCCUGUUCAAAGGCAAAAUUCCUGUCUACCAUGCAAAAACUAACAUUUCCUGACCCGUGGCUCUUCUGAAAAUUUUGUUUGUAUGAAAAGUAUAAGAAUAACAUUACUUGAGAGUUCAAAGGCAAAAUUCCUGUCUACCAUGCAAAAACUAACAUUUCCUGACCUGUGGCUCUUCUGAAAAUUUUGUUUGUGUGAAAAGUAUAAGAAUAACAUUACUUGAGACUUUUAUUUUUGUAACAUACUUCGAAUUAUGAUCUGGAUUAAUAAACAAUACUUGGCAUAACAUUA